UGAUAUUAAUAUCUUUGGCAACUUUCAACUGUGGAAUGGUGUCCCUCCAUUUAUGUUUCGUAUGUGAUGGAAAUAUUCUACUAGAAACUAAGUGAAAUGGCUUCUAGUGGGCCGAGGUUAAACGCUGCUCCUGGCGGCGACGGUUUGGGAAUCCACAAAGAAGUAGCUUUUAAUGAAUUUUAUACUGAGGUGAAGGAGAUUGAAAAACGUGAUGCUGUACUUACACCAAAGCAACAAAUUGAUCGCCUUUUGCGACCGGGAUCUACCUAUUUUAACCUCAACCCAUUUGAGGUUCUGCAAGUUGACUCUGAAGCCAAUCUUGAUGAAGUGAAGAAAAAGUACAAGCGUCUGUCCAUAUUGGUUCAUCCAGACAAGAACCCAGAUGACCAAGAACGUGCUCAGCAGGCAUUUGAAAUUAUUAAUAAAGCGUGGAAAACACUAGAAAAUGAAGAGACGAGGAGGAAAUGUCUUGAUGUUAUUGAAGAAGCAAAAGCUCGAACUGAUCAUAUGAUUUCAGAGAAACGGAAAAAGCUUAAGAAAGAAGGCAAAGAUCCAAAAAUUGAUGAGGAUGACCCUGCAAAUUACAAACAUGCUGUAUAUGUAAUGACGAUGAAAUUGUUUGCGGAUAUGGAGCGAAAGAGACGGGACCUAGAACAGCGAGAAAUGGAAGAAAGAAAACGUAAACGUGAACAGGAAAUUGAAGAAGAAGAGAAGGCAAAUUUGGAGAGAGAAUGGCAGAAGAAUUUCGAAGAAUCUCGACAAAAUCGUGUUAACAGCUGGAAAGCUUUCCAGGCCGGGAGCUCCGGAUCAGGGAAAGUUAAAAACAAGAAGUUUAAAGGGACAUUCAAACCCCCAAAGCACAAAGCAGAGUCUAGAUAAUGGAUAUUGCAGAUUACAUCAAACAGUUAAUUACUUUUAUUUCAUACAUCGGUAAAACUUGUAUAUCAUUCUUCGUAGCAUUUUCAUCCAUGUGUUUUCAGGAUACCUUUUAUUAGUUCCCUUGGAACAACCUGUGUAUAAAUACUUGUCACUGAUUUCCUUAUGUUUGCUAUUGUGUUUACAAAAGUAAAAUGCUAAUUGACUAAUUAAUAGUUUUCAUAAAUGUGUGCUGCUUUUAUUUGAAAUUGUGGAUUUUUCCUGAUUGUGGCAAUUCUUGAAGACAUCUGUUUUUGCGAAGGACGAUUCAGGCGGGGAGAGGGGCUUAAGAGAAUAUCCUGUCUAGAAGUUGUUACGAGCUGAAUUGCUGAAAAAUUUCCAUAACAUCUCACUGAAGAUUAUGCACACAGUAUUAAAAGAACUUUCUACCAGUCAGUCUUGACUGACUGACUGGUGUAAAUUUUGUGCGCUCUUUGCCAAGCUGAAUUUUGGGAUUAAAAAAAAUUGUGUAUAAGUGUUGAAGUAAUCAAAAUGGAAGUCUGGUAGUCGUCUGUUACGGAUUUACUUUGUCAGGAUGAUAAUAGAGUAGAGAAAAAUCUAGUUUUUACAUACGAAUGACAUAGGUGUUUUGAUGUCAGAAUUUUCUUGAUGUAAAUUAUUGUAUUAGCAAACUUCCCAAAUGUCUCAGAUAAUUUGUGCUAAUACGUAUAUUGUUGCAAUAACAGCUAACCCUUUAUGUUGAAAAAUGUUUUGAUAAUAAUAAAUUUUAAUUGAACUAUCCACAAAAUGUUUACAAAUAACUGCAGCAUUUUUUCAGCAUUAAUGUGCCACAAAAUUGUAAUGUUGUGUUUAGUAUUUCUGUAAAUUUUAUUGGCACCUAUCGUACAUCAAAUACCUUAAAACAAGAAAGAGGUUUGGUUCAUGUAGCAGUUUGCGUUUGUUCAUCGUUCAUAAAUAAAAUCUCAGUACAAGUCAUUUUCACAAACUUCCAUCAAAUAUUAUGAAACCAAAAACUUUCAAAACUGAAACUGUCUUAAGUCAGCAAGUUCACAGACUUUUGACUAGUACCACAUAUUGUGUGAAUGUGAAUAAGUUUUACUGACUCUACAGUGUGUCUCCAGGAGUUGUGUUUCUCAGGUCUUGUUUUAACAGGCUGUAUGGAAUACUUGAUAAUAUUGGACCAUUGAGCUCAGUGUUUGAUGGUUUGUCAGAUACUUAUAAAGUUUUGGCUUCUUCCCAUUUUCCAGUAUUGUCAAAUGGGCGUUAGCAUCAUGGUAAGGUGACAAAAACUAUUGUACAGACAAAAGUAGUAUUUAAUGUUUUUAUGUAAAUUACAGUUUGUUUGAAAAUCUUGAAUACUGAAAUUCGAAUGACCAGUAUUAAUACUGCAGAAGAAAGGAAACAAUCACUGCGUACCUUGGAUUACUUAUCACACAAAGUGUGUCCUCUUGUUGUAAAAAUGCUUUAGUCUGAGAAAAAUGAAAGUACACAAAACACUAUAUGUAAUUAUUUGAUCAUUCUGCUGAAGUUUGCAUUGUUAGACAUCAUCUUGAAUGUGUGCCAUAGUGUACAGUUGUUCAUUUUAUUGUAUCUUUUUGAACCCUUCAGUAAUUUUGCACAUAUUGCACAUAGUAUGUGAUAACUUUAUAGAAUGGUGUGGCAUGUUUUCUUUAAAAUACAGGAGAGGACUCGUAGGCAUUGAUUACUAUUAAUAAAACUUUGUGAAUUGGUGUACCUAAAGAUAUACUUGCUACCUGGUAAUUGUUUCUGCAGUUUGUGGAAGAGGCUGACAUUACGUCCUGAGUUUUGGCUGUGUGUGGUGUCCUGUUGACAAAGCCAAAAUAAAAAUGUAGUAAAGAGAGGUGUUACAUGAAUAAGAGAAACUUCCACAAUUCCUACUUUCUCUUUAGUCUCCUGCAGAUGGAACUUGUAAGGGCAGUAUGUUUUUGCUUUGUUAUAAUCAGGUUGCCAACUGGCAUGUUGUUGCCGAAUAUUACCUGCUUUAUUUGUAGAAAUAUUGAAGUAUCAUCAGACAUUUAAGUUUCCUUUUAUUGUAUAUGACAAAGGACUAAAUACACAUGUGUGAUAUGCCACAAUCGGAACAUUUGAGACGGAUGAUACUUAGGUGAUGCCCAGUGUGUCAUUUCAAAUGUUUGUUUUAGUUUGAAAGAAACCCCUUUUGUGACUAUUUUAGCAUUUACUGGGUUAACGUUAAUACAAAAUAAGUUUUAGGUUACCUAGCUUAGUCAUAUGUGAGAACUGUACUUACUGUCAAAAUUUUGUAUAUGCUCUCUGAUGUAUUCCUCCAGAGGUCUGUAAAAUCGGUUUUGUAUUAUUGUAAUAAAUAUCAAUAACAGAGGA